AUGAAAUAUCUUCUUGCAGCGUCUUCCCUUGCUUUGGCGUCAGGAGCGCUCGCUCAGCGCACCAUUACUGUGUACAAUGCGUGUCCUUUCACCAUUUGGCCCGCAAUGUUCACCGGCUCUGGCACACUGCCUAGCUACACGACUGGCUGGGAGGCCGCAGAGUAUACUGCCGUCACCUUCCAAGUCCCGAGCGCCUGGACUGCUGGACGAAUCUGGGGACGGCGUGACUGUGACUUCAGCACCAACCCCGGCCCGAAUUCUUGCCUCGACGGUGGUUGCAACGGAGGAUUAGUGUGCAGCACCACCACCGGCACGGGUGUCCCUCCUGCCACUCUUGCUGAAUUCACAUUGGGUUCAGGAGGUGUUGAUUACUAUGACGUGUCUCUUGUCGAUGGGUAUAAUUUGCCCGUCAGUAUCACAAAUAAUGUCGGGUGUGGGGUUCCAAGUUGCCCCGUGGACCUGGGGCCUAACUGUCCAGCACCACUCCAAGGCCCUUACGACUCUACCGGCUUCCCUGUCGGGUGCAAAAGUGCGUGCGAGGCUAACCUCGAUGGUAAUCCAUCAAACUCUCCCAACUGCUGCAGUGGUCAGUACGACACACCUGCUACAUGCCCUUCCUCAGGCGUUGAGUAUUAUAGCUACUUCAAGGAUAACUGCCCCAACGCAUACGCUUAUGCAUACGAUGACACGACUUCUCUAUUCACCUGCAGCUCUUCUCUCAACGCUGCAUUCACAGUUACCUUUUGCCCGUGA